AGAGGGGGAAAAAAGUAUAAAAUAAUGUUCUUCAUAUACAGAUAAAUGACGUCAUCGUGCGACAAAAUAAUAGUUGCGAAACACCUAUCUUGUUACGUGGUCCAUUAGGAUAAGUCGAGGGUAGUUCUAUUGUUAUAUAUUGUUAAAUGUAAUACUGUUCUAUUUAUAGUGGAGGGAUAGUUCGCAAGACCUCAGUACAUCCAUUUCAUUCGAACGAUGAAUGUUGUCUUGGGCAGUAUCUCGAUUUGGACAUUAUACGCGUUGGUGUCAUGCGUGUCAGUCUCAUGUCUGUCGAUGGCCAAAAAAGUGAGAUGGGAACUGGUGUACGACCCGAUGCCGAACGAAGACACGUUCGAUCGGUUCACCGCCGCCGACCACUACGCGGCCGUAAACAUGAUACAGCAACGGGACGAACAGCAACGGCAGCGGGACGAGCAGCAGCAGCAGCAGCAGCUGUGGCGGCACAGGGACAAGCAACAGAAACGGCACCACCACCGCCAGCUACAGCAACAGAAGCGGGACGAGUGGCAACAGCGCCGCAGCAGCAGCAAUAGCGAGUCACGGUUCGUCGAUAGCGUGUCAGUGCCCGCGUCCGAGAUUUGCAACUGUACGCAAAAGACGACGAUCCACCGGCUGACCCAAAACCACUACCCCAAGGAGCUACUGUCGGUAACGUGCAGCGGAAACUGGUGCAAGACGGCCUCGUACCUAGUGCCGGUGUUGUUGAAAUCGAACACGCAGUCAGUGGAUAACCAAGAAGACUUGCCGGACGAGCUGCAGCAGAACAUCAAUCACUGGAUGUUUGACCCCGUAAGCAUCCCGGUUGCCUGUUAUUGUUCAAUUAAAUAAACGAUAUUUUUGCCUUUGACCUA